AUCUCAUCGUCAGUCUUACCGCGCGUCUUCCUUCGUUCCUCCGACUGCUUUGGCUAGCUUUGAGUAUUAUUGCAGUACGUUAGCUGAGUCGUUAUCUGCAAGCCGCCUGCCGAUCAGCUGUCUCAGCGAACCCGAGUCGUGUUUGGUUUGCUCUCACAUAGCUCCGAUACUAGUUGCAGUGGUACUAGUUAAUUCGAGUCUGUAAAGACGCCGUUAUGCUGUCUCGGUGGCGGAAGAAAGGCGGCUCCGACAGCAUCGCUUCAGCACAUCCGCACGUCACCUCCCACAGGGCUGCCGAACCUCCUCCGGCAGGUUCGGACGUCCCGGACCACAGAUCAGAUGCCGAACCGGAGCCUGAGCCUCGGGCUCCAGCUCCGGCAUCCCCUCCUCGAGUGGAUAUGGUUGGGGAGCUGCAGUCGCAGCUGCAGGCGGCGGUUACGCGUAACCACUCGCUAGAAUCUAAGAUCGAUAGGGCGCUUCGGGACGCUCGGGAAUCGCGGAAGCAGAAGGAGGAAGCUGAGGUGGCAGCGGCGGAAGCGGAGAAACGCGCAGCGGAGCAGAAACGGGAAGCGAAAGCUGCCCGGGAGAGGGUGAACUCACUGGAAGAGCAGGUGCGGGCAGCUGAAGUGGUUUCCAGGCAGCUGAGGAAGGAUUUGGAGUUGGAGAAGCAGGAGAGGGAGCUACUUUCGUGGAAGCUUCAAGAAGCGGAGGAAAACGCGGCGGGAUUGAGGGCCCAGGCUAUGCAAGCAGAUGGACAGGUGGAAUUGGCCAAAGCAGAGGUGGCAGACGUGGAAGCCAGGGCCAAUCACCUUGUGACACGUCUGCAAGCUGAGCUGGAGGAGAUGAGGUUGAGGUGUGCUGACCUGGAAGUUGAGAUUGAGGGGGCUAGAGACAGGGUAUCCCUGGCGGAAUUUAGGCUAUCGGAGGAAGUUGCCCGGGCAGAGUCGUUGGUUGGUGAGGCGGACGAGCUGACCGGGAGGAUGCGUGCAGCUGAAGAGCGGGCAGGUGAAGCAGAAGAGAGGGCUUCCCGGGCAGAGAAACGGGCAGAGGAAGCAUUGAGACGGGCAGAAGCGGCUGAAAGGGAGCUUGAGAGGUUAGGGAAGGGAAGGAGGGAAGUGUUGAAGGGGAGGGAAGGUGAGGAAAGGCAGGAAGGGGAGGCAGGUGGGAGGAGGGUAAGAGGGGCGGAGAGCGAGAGCAAGGGAGUUGCAGCAGCAGGGGAGGAGGUGAGGAGGACAGGCGGAGGAGAAGAAAAUGAUGGGAAGGAGGAGAAAGAGGGGGAGUGAGGAGAGUGAGGGCAUUGAAGGGAAGAGUUGUUGAAGGGAGGGGGGAGGACUGGGGAGGUGGGGAGAGGUGGUUGAGUGCGAGUGAAUGGGAAGAGGAAGGGGAGGGAGGAAAGGAUGGCAGAGAAGUGAUUUCACCUGAAUCGGCACUGGAUAGGUGCUGCUUACGAUACAGUGCUUACUUGCCGUAGCCUCGUCGCGGGUGUUACCGGUGUUACGCAAGAAUGGUAUACCCAUGCUUGCUAGAUUGACCUGUUCUGCAGAGUUGAUAUUCGGGCAAUAGGGGAUGGCUGGACUAUUAGGUUUAGGUAGUAGAUGGUAGAGUAGGCAAUCUUAAUCUCUCAUUCUAUCAUUCCCUCUUUUGCACUCAAAGGCAGGGUGUCAGUCAGGGCAAGAAUGGCCUCAUCAGCACGAGCAUGAGCAUUCUAGGGUACAGAUACAGGGUAAGGUUACAG